AUAUUUAUUGGUACAUUCGCGGUGAAUUGUUAAGCGAAUGGCCAAUGAAAAUGCCAGAUGAUGGCGCUUGGAAAGAUACAGGUGGCUUAGGGGCCAAUUCAGAGGAGGUAAGCCAUGAUGACGUUUCCCCGGACGCCGCGUCCUCUGCCACCGGCAUCACCUACUUUGACGUGGAAGACUUAGAUGAGAAUGAAAAGAAUCUGGUAUUAUUUAUGUGUCUUUGUUCAUAUUUGGACUGGCAGGAUCGCUUUGCCGAUGCCUACAAGGAACUCCUGAUACAAAGGUCCUUAGAAACGGGAUCCAAGGACCCACCAAGUAAGGAUGCUCUAUAUACCAUUAUGCGGGAGGCAAUGGUGCAACAGAGGCGUUUCAUGCGCUCGGGUGAGCCUUUUGACGAUGAUGAUGUGAGUGUUGCCUCUGAUGAUAUUGAGAGGCCAUCAUUUCUCCGUAUUCUUUUGCGUGAUUACAACUUGGAGAUGUAUGUAAAGAUAAUGCUGCUAUCAUUUCUUUUGAAGAUGCCUGCUUACAGUUACAUUAUUGUCACGACUUGCUACUGUUUGUAUGUAUUGAUAGCAAUUAGCAUCGUUAGGAUCUCCAGGCUACCUUUGUUUAAUUGGUGGAUCACGAGAAAAAUCAUCAAUGGGUGCCUCUACACUUAUCGCACAACUGGUCGCGUAAUAUCGUACGUCCGUGGCUUUGUAGCCCCUGGGGACACUGACAUCGCUGGUAACGUCGAUACCCCUGUUACCGAUACGUCUAACGACUUGCCGAAUCAAGUAGAGGUUUCGGAGCCUCGCGAAGCCACUGCUGUCCAGCGCCCAUCGAGGUUUGCUAAGGCCAUGUACCAAGUUUUGGGGGCAUAUUUUUUCAGCAUUAUGCCUUGGUGGGAACCCAAUCCCCUAUACAUCGAGGAAGCGACAUAAUUUUUGUACCUAUUACAUUAUGCUGUAUUUUGUUGGCGUG